UUCAUGAUGUUGGUGGUAAAAUUUAGAGAUACCUAAAAAUCAUUUGUAUUGGUUGAUUCCCUGGGAAAUGGCCAUGCUAUUCUUCACAAGCCUCCAAAAUCUGGGCCACCUUAGAGGGAGCUGGAGAAUAGACAAUUAUCCAUUGGUAUCAAAGUAUCUGGCAAUUUGUUUCCUUCCCGCUUGGAAUGAUUGAGAAAACAUUGUCAGAAGAGGGAAGUUUCUUUCUUCACUACACGUAUGUAGUGACGCUCCAUUUUGAUGUUUCUUAUGUGAUUAUUUGGGGACAACUAUGUUGUUGUUGCGUGCAGACGAAGUAAUUAUAUUGAUGAAGUGAUUACCGUUUUGUUUUUAACGUGGUUUAUACAUUUUAGUUUGUUGUCAUGUCUCUUCAAUUACUUUAGUUUCUUGAUCGACUUCCACCCAUCGCAAAUCCCUUUGGGAAAAAUUGUUGGCAUUGCGAUUCGAGAUCAAAUUCCAUAUUUUUAUUGCUCUGCUUUCACAAAACAGAGAUCAAUAUGUGGGAAGGUGGGGGGAAGGAGUAGUUAGGAGGGAUGGGUUGGACCAGUUUGGUCAGUGGGUUGGUUGAAGAGGUCAAACAAAGGAGCCGGUUAGGUCAUCAGAUGUUUCUUGUUAGUUUUUUGGCUGAGUCGAGCAAGCAAACUUUAGUCAUUUGCACUAUUUCAUAAUAAUACUUGUCUAGUUCGGUACAUUUUAAAAAUUGGGUUAAUAUUUUUGUAUGGCCUGAACUUUGACCAAAAUAAAUAUCCUGGCCAAUCUUUUCGAUCUAUAACAUCCUGGCCCGAACUAUACACAAAAAUAAACAAUUUGGCCAAACCCGAUGUUUGACCGUUAACUUGGACGGUCAAACGCGUUGACUAACGGUCAACGCGCCACGUCACUGCCAAGUGAGAAGAUCUGAUCAAUAUUUAAUUUUUUUCAUUUUUUAUUUUUGGUUUAACUAAGGUAUUAGAUGAUUUAUUUUUAAUUUAUAAUAAUUUAAAAUUAGGGAAUGUGUGGAAAUUGUGAAUUAUUUUAAAUAUUUAAUGCUGACUUGGCAGUGACAUGGCGCGUUGACUAACGAUCAAUGCGUUUGACCGUUCAAGUUAACGGUCAAAAGUCGGAUCUGGCCAAAUUGUUUAUUUUGGUGUAUAGUUUGGGCCAGGAUGUUAUAGAUCAAAAAGAUUGGCCAGAAUAUUUAUUUUGAUCAAAGUCCACGCCAUACAAAAUAUUAACCCUUAAAAAUUUAUGGCUAUUAACCUUUAUAAGCCAAACUUACGUGACCAUUUUGGUAAAUUUUCAGAGAACUAUUAAGCUGCAGCGGCAAGGUCACGCCAGCGGAGCACGAACUUCCAACUGGUGUCCGUACGAUGUCCACAAUAGAAAAGAUCCGCGUACACAACACGGCGUAACACUGGCAGAAGAUUUCCCAAAGCUCCAUAGGCCAUCGCAUUGCCAUCAGUCAGUCUCUCUUUCCCUCGCUCGCUCGCUCGCCUGGAAAAAGGUUGCCUCUCUGGUUCUCGCUGUCUAUGUAUCUAUCUCUCUAUAUUCCCUUUUUCACCGCCAUCUCAACUUCGAUUCUGUGCUGACUUUGAGAAAGGAUUUCUGACUCCUCCCUCUUUUGCCCGCGCUUUGUGUUUGAUUCUUGGGGGCGAAUUUGUAGGUGUGAGGAGAAAGGGCGAUGGCGGCGCCACCAGCAAGGGCUCGUGCUGAUUAUGAUUACUUAAUUAAGCUCCUCUUGAUUGGGGAUAGUGGUGUGGGGAAGAGUUGUCUGCUUUUGCGUUUUUCAGAUGGUUCCUUCACAACAAGUUUUAUUACCACUAUCGGAAUUGACUUCAAGAUAAGAACCAUUGAACUUGAUGGCAAAAGAAUAAAGUUGCAGAUUUGGGAUACAGCAGGUCAAGAGCGGUUUCGAACCAUCACAACAGCUUAUUACCGUGGAGCCAUGGGAAUUUUACUGGUGUAUGAUGUCACUGAUGAAUCAUCUUUUAACAAUAUUAGGAACUGGAUCCGCAAUAUCGAACAGCAUGCUUCUGACAAUGUCAACAAAAUACUGGUGGGAAACAAGGCAGAUAUGGAUGAAAGCAAACGGGCUGUUCCUACUUCCAAAGGCCAGGCUCUUGCUGACGAGUAUGGCAUCAAGUUCUUUGAAACGAGUGCAAAGACAAACAUGAAUGUGGAGGAAGUUUUCUUUUCCAUUGGAAGGGAUAUCAAGCAAAGGCUUGCAGAAUCUGAUACCAAGUCUGAGCCUCAAACAAUCAAGAUCAACCAACCCGACAAUUCAGCUGGUGGUGCGCAGGCUGGGCAAAAGUCAGCUUGCUGUGGCGCGUAGUCUAUCCAACCAACACAUGGCAUGUUGAGGGACAGCAUCUGUUGAGGGGGCUCAAGAUUAAUUAUAGUUAACAGCCUUCCUGCUUGGUGCAGGUAACUGUGCCUUUAUCUUAUUUUUACAAAAUUUCAACCAGGUCUAGUAAUUUGACGGUAGUUCUCUGUUAUUUCCCUAAUCUGUGGAACCUGAGAAACAAAUGGAUCCUUUUUCUUCAUAUUUCCCUUUGGUUUUGGUGCUUGAACGAACUCGGUUGACUCAAUGUCUUUCUAUGUAGAUAGAUAAUCUGGAAGUUGUAGUUAACCUCGCCAAUGACAAUCCCAUUUUGGGGAGUUAACAUCAUAGUAUUUGUGCUUCGUCUGCAAAAAGCAGCAUAUGAUGGCCAUUGAAUUUGAUUUGAUUUGACUUGAGAAUGUGAAUGUGAUUGUUGUCAAUGUUGAUGCCAAGUUGUCAGGCAAGGGAAGGUUUCUGAUUUCUAUUGAAGGCAGAUCUAUCCGGUUGUUAUUCCAUUUUUAAUGGUCAAAUCAAUACAGCUUUAUCUUUCUUGUUUAUGUUGAUUGACCAACUCAAUUGAUUAUAAUCUGGAAAAAGUGAACUUUGGCAUGGAGAAAGAAGCUUCUGUGGACUGAAUGAAACUUGCUUUGUUCAACGGUGCAUGGAGCAUAUCGGUUGGUAUUUGUGCGUUGCAAAAGGUUGUCGGUCCGACCAUUGAAUGAAAUUCACGUUCUUAACACGCUGAGAAUCAUGGGUCUCGGUCGGAUUGGGUUAAGCCAAAAGGAUUAAAGUUACUAUUCGAUUGAAUGAUAUUUGGGUUGGUUUUGAUGGAUUGAUUUAGGUUGAAACAUCCACAAUAUACACCAAAUAGUGAUGAACUCCAUUUUUCCGUCGAAUAAUAAACAUAGAAACAGUCACCACAUCAUCACGAGUAACGACAUUUCGUCAUCAUCAAUGUAGUUGCGAAUUGCGAUCUGUGAGGGAAUAUGAGCUCGUCAGGUCUUGGUCUCCUUUGGCUAGGUGCAGCCACUUACCCGGACCGCUGAGGUGCAAUGCAACUAAACUCUUCAACUUCGG